ACCUCCCUUUUACUUUCCUUUCUUCCUAAGUAGCUUAAGGUCUCAGCAGUCUCUUAAGGUCCAGCACUCUCUCCCUCUCUCUCUCUCUCUCUCUCUCUCUCUCUCUCUUAGGGUUUGUGCUUCAUCUGAAACUCCUCUUUGCAUACCUCUCUGUAAGCCCUCUCUUCUGCUCCAAAGCUUUCCAUUUCUUUGUUCUUCACAUUAUUUGCUUUGGUGUUUCACUGACGUCGGAUUCAGAAGCUUAGCAUUCUCAGCCAGCUGGAAAGUGAGGGUGUUUGGGUUCCGAGAUUUUGAUCGGAGCCCAGGAAACAUGGCGUCGUCAUCAAGAGGCGGCGGGGGGGCUGAUCAGCCUCAGCAGCUGCAGAGGCGGAUCACGCGGACGCAGACCGCCGGGAACCUCGGAGUCGGGGAGACGAUUUUUGACAGCGAGGUCGUGCCGUCGUCGCUCGUAGAGAUAGCUCCGAUUCUUCGUGUUGCAAAUGAAGUCGAAAAGAGCAAUGCCAGAGUGGCUUAUCUUUGCCGAUUUUAUGCCUUUGAGAAAGCUCAUAAGUUGGAUCCCACAUCUAGCGGGCGUGGUGUUCGUCAAUUUAAAACUGCUCUCCUUCAACGUCUUGAAAGAGAGAAUGAUCCCACAUUAAUAGGAAGGGUCAAAAAAAGCGAUGCACGUGAAAUGCAGAGUUUUUAUCAACUUUACUACAAAAAGUAUAUCCAAGCUUUGCAAAAUGCUGCUGAUAAAGCUGAUCGUGCGCAGCUUACAAAGGCGUACCAAACUGCUAAUGUUCUCUUUGAAGUUCUGAAGGCUGUGAAUAUGACACAAUCUAUUGAAGUUGAUCGUGAGGUUUUGGACGUUCAAGAUAAAGUUGCUGAAAAGACGAAAUACUAUGCUCCUUACAAUAUCCUUCCUCUUGAUCCUGAUAGUGCAAAUCAGGCAAUUAUGAGAUACCCUGAGAUCCAAGCUGCUGUUGUUGCUCUUCGUAACACUAGGGGUCUCCCUUGGCCCAAGGACUACCAGAAGAAGAAAGACGAAGACAUUUUGGAUUGGCUUCAGGCAAUGUUUGGGUUUCAGGAGGGUAAUGUGGGAAAUCAAAGGGAGCACCUGCUCUUAUUGCUUGCGAACGUGCACAUACGACAGUUUCCGAAGCCUGAUCAGCAGCCCAAGUUGGACGAGCGGGCGUUGACCGAAGUAAUGAAGAAACUUUUCAAGAACUACAAAAAAUGGUGCAAGUACUUGGGUCGCAGAAGUAGCCUCUGGUUACCAACCAUACAGCAAGAAGUGCAACAGCGUAAACUACUAUACAUGGGUCUGUAUCUGCUUAUAUGGGGGGAAGCUGCAAAUCUAAGAUUCAUGCCAGAAUGCCUUUGCUAUAUUUAUCAUCAUAUGGCGUUUGAAUUGUAUGGUAUGCUAGCUGGGAAUGUCAGUCCAAUGACAGGAGAGAAUGUAAAGCCAGCCUAUGGAGGUGAAGAAGAGGCUUUUUUGAGGAAAGUUGUUACUCCCAUAUAUAAAGUGAUUGCUAAGGAAGCUGAAAGAAGCAAAAAAGGGAGAUCAAAGCAUUCACAAUGGAGGAACUAUGAUGAUUUAAAUGAAUACUUCUGGUCAGUUGAUUGUUUCCGGUUGGGCUGGCCAAUGCGUGCUGACGCUGACUUCUUUUGUUUGCGCAUUGAACAGACUGUUGAGAACAAUGGAGAUAACAAGCCAGCUACUAGAGAUCGAUGGGUGGGAAAAGUUAAUUUUGUUGAGAUACGGUCAUUUUUGCAUAUUUUCAGAAGCUUUGAUCGUAUGUGGAGCUUUUUCAUUCUGUGCUUACAGGCUAUGAUCAUCGUUGCUUGGAAUGGCACGGGGGAACUAAGUUCAAUCUUUAGUUCUGAUGUAUUCAAGAAAGUAUUGAGUGUCUUCAUAACUGCGGCUAUAUUGAAGCUUGGGCAAGCUGUCCUUGAUGUAAUUCUUAGUUGGAAAUCGCAGCAGAGUAUGUCAAUCCAUGUUAAGUUAAGAUACAUCUUGAAAGUGGUUUCAGCUGCUGCUUGGGUGGUAGUUCUCCCAGUUACGUAUGCUUACACUUGGGAGAAUCCUCCAGGAUUUGCUCAAACCAUCAAAAGUUGGUUCGGGAAUAGUUCAAGUUCACCUUCCUUGUUUAUUUUGGCUGUUGUUAUCUAUUUGUCACCAAAUAUGCUGGCUGCAAUAUUGUUUCUCUUCCCCUUCAUUCGUCGAUUCCUUGAGAGGUCAAACUAUAAGAUUGUGAUGCUCAUGAUGUGGUGGUCGCAGCCUCGGCUUUACGUUGGGAGGGGAAUGCAUGAGAGCGCAUUUUCUCUUUUCAAGUACACUAUGUUUUGGGUUCUUCUGAUAGUGACGAAGUUGGCCUUUAGUUACUAUAUAGAGAUAAAGCCUCUAGUGAGUCCAACAAAAGCCAUAAUGAAGGUUCAAAUAACUACUUUCCAGUGGCAUGAGUUUUUUCCUCGUGCAAAGAACAAUAUUGGUGUGGUGAUUGCACUCUGGGCCCCAAUUAUUCUUGUCUAUUUUAUGGAUACCCAGAUUUGGUAUGCCAUAUUCUCUACAUUAUUUGGAGGCAUUUAUGGUGCGUUUCGUCGCUUGGGAGAGAUUCGAACACUAGGAAUGCUUCGAUCUCGUUUUCAAUCAUUGCCUGGUGCUUUCAAUGCGUGUCUGAUUCCAGAGGAGAAGAACGAGCCUAAAAAGAAAGGAAUCAAGGCCACAUUAUCUCGCAAGUUUGCUGAGCCAUCGCUACAGACCCCGUCUAACAAAGAGAAAGAGGCAGCAAGAUUUGCUCAGUUGUGGAACAAGAUAAUCACUAGUUUUUGGGAGGAAGAUCUUAUCAGUAAUAGGGAAAUGGAUCUUUUGCUUGUUCCUUAUUGGGCUGACCGUGAUCUGGGCCUCAUACAAUGGCCUCCAUUUUUACUUGCUAGCAAGAUCCCCAUAGCAUUAGAUAUGGCUAAGGACAGCACUGGUAAGGAUCGGGAGCUAAAGAAGAGAAUUAACAAUGAUGAUUACAUGUCUUGCGCUGUUCGUGAAUGCUAUGCAUCAUUUAAGAAUAUUAUUAAUUCCUUGGUUCAAGGGAAGCGUGAGAAAGAGGUCAUUGAGUUUAUAUUUUCUGAAGUUGACAAUCAUAUAGUCGAAGGUGAUCUUUUAAGCAUAUACAAGAUGAGUGCACUUCCAAGCCUUUAUGACCUCUUCGUUAAGCUUAUCAAAUAUUUGUUAGAUAAUAAGGAGGAGGACUGGGAAAAGGUUGUGUUCCUUUUCCAGGACAUGCUGGAAGUCGUGACAAGGGACAUGAUGGAGGACCCAAUAUCCAGUUUGGUAGAGUCAAUCCAUUAUGGAUCUGGGCAUGAUGGAUUGACCCCCCAUGAUCAAGGAUAUCAGUUAUUUGCAUCUGCUGGCGCUAUCAAGUUUCCAAUUGAACGAGUAUCAGAGGCUUGGACAGAGAAGAUUAAACGGCUUUAUUUACUGCUUACCACGAAGGAGUCUGCCAUGGAUGUACCAUCCAACUUAGAAGCAAGAAGGCGUAUCUCGUUUUUCUCAAAUUCAUUGUUUAUGGAGAUGCCUUUCGCACCCAAAGUUCGCAAUAUGCUUUCUUUCUCGGUUUUAACUCCAUACUACACUGAGGAUGUUCUCUUCUCGUUGCGUGAUCUGGAAGUGCCAAAUGAAGAUGGUGUUUCAAUCCUUUUCUAUUUGCAAAAAAUUUUUCCAGAUGAAUGGACCAACUUUCUUGAACGAGUGGGUUGCAGUAGUGAAGAAGAACUUAAAGAAUCUGUUGACUCAGGACUUAAAGAACCUGUUGACUUUGGGCAAGAAUUGCGCCUCUGGGCAUCAUAUAGAGGACAAACUUUGACCAGAACUGUAAGAGGUAUGAUGUACUACCGGAGAGCUUUAGAGCUUCAGGCUUUCCUUGAUAUGGCCCAAGAUGAUGCUUUAAUGGAAGGCUAUAAGGCCAUCGAAUUAAAUUUAGAGGAUCACCCAAAGGGGGAACGAUCACUGUGGGCACAAUGCCAAGCUGUGGCUGAUAUGAAAUUCACUUAUGUGGUAUCAUGCCAGCAGUAUGGGAUUCACAAGCGAUCUGGUGAUCCUCGUGCACAGGACAUCCUGAGGCUUAUGACAACAUACCCAUCACUUCGAGUGGCAUACAUUGAUGAAGUAGAGGUGACCAACCAAGACAGAUCCAAAAAGAUCAAUGAGAAGGUUUAUUAUUCUUGUCUAGUGAAGGCUAAUUUGCCCAAGUCUAAUUCUUCAGAUCCUGUACAGAAUUUGGACGAGAUUAUUUAUAAAAUAAAACUUCCCGGACCGGCUAUCUUAGGUGAGGGAAAGCCAGAAAAUCAGAAUCAUGCCAUUAUAUUUACACGUGGAGAAGGCUUGCAAACGAUAGAUAUGAACCAGGAUAACUACAUGGAGGAAGCAUUAAAAAUGAGGAAUUUGCUUCAAGAGUUUCUUAAAAAGCAUGAUGGUGUGAGGUACCCCACGGUCCUUGGGCUCAGGGAGCAUAUAUUUACCGGAAGUGUUUCUUCUCUUGCUUGGUUCAUGUCAAAUCAGGAAACCAGUUUUGUGACAAUUGGACAGAGACUGUUGGCCAACCCUCUGAAAGUCCGAUUCCACUAUGGUCAUCCUGAUGUGUUUGAUAGGCUCUUUCACCUUACUAGAGGGGGUGUCAGUAAAGCAUCCAAGGUUAUCAAUUUGAGUGAAGAUAUAUUCGCUGGCUUCAAUUCUACACUUCGUGAAGGCAAUGUUACUCAUCAUGAAUACAUACAAGUCGGGAAGGGAAGGGAUGUGGGCCUGAACCAGAUUUCUAUGUUUGAGGCAAAGAUAGCUAAUGGCAAUGGGGAACAGACAGUAAGUCGGGAUAUAUACCGGCUUGGACACCGUUUUGACUUUUUCCGAAUGUUAUCAUGUUAUUUCACUACAGUUGGUUUCUACUUCAGUACUCUGAUCACUGUGCUCACUGUAUAUGUGUUCCUUUAUGGUCGUCUUUAUCUUGUCCUUAGUGGGCUUGAAGAAGGUCUGAUUACUCAACCAGCAAUUCGAGACAAUAAGCCUCUUCAAGUGGCUCUUGCUUCUCAAUCUUUUGUUCAAAUUGGAUUUUUGAUGGCCUUGCCUAUGUUGAUGGAAAUUGGUUUGGAAAGGGGUUUCCGAACUGCAUUAAGUGAGUUCAUAUUGAUGCAAUUGCAACUGGCCCCUGUAUUUUUCACAUUCUCUCUUGGAACCAAGACCCACUACUAUGGAAGGACAUUACUUCAUGGGGGUGCAAAAUAUAGGCCAACAGGUCGAGGGUUUGUGGUGUUCCAUGCCAAGUUUGCUGAUAAUUAUAGACUCUACUCCCGCAGUCACUUUGUGAAGGGUCUCGAGCUCAUGAUAUUGCUUCUUGUGUACCAAAUCUUUGGUAAUACUUAUAGAAGUGCUGUUGCCUAUAUCUUGAUCACUAUAUCUAUGUGGUUUAUGGUGGGCACCUGGCUUUUUGCUCCCUUUCUGUUUAAUCCUUCUGGUUUUGAGUGGCAAAAGAUUGUAGAUGAUUGGACUGAUUGGAAUAAGUGGAUAAGCAACCGGGGAGGUAUAGGUGUGCCACCAGAAAAAAGUUGGGAAUCAUGGUGGGAAGAGGAACAAGAUCAUCUUCGUCAUUCUGGAAAGCGUGGUAUCAUCGCAGAGAUAUUGUUAGCUUUAAGAUUUUUUAUCUAUCAGUAUGGGCUUGUAUAUCAUUUGAAGAUUACAAAAAACACUAAAAGUUUCCUGGUCUAUGGAGUAUCUUGGCUGGUGAUCAUUCUAAUAUUGUUUGUGAUGAAGACUGUGUCCGUUGGGCGGCGGAAGUUCAGUGCGAAUUUCCAACUAGUGUUCCGGCUAAUCAAAGGGUUGAUAUUUCUAACUUUUGUCUCCAUUCUGGUCACUUUGAUUGCCCUCCCUCAUAUGACACUGCAAGACAUCAUUGUUUGCAUACUUGCCUUUAUGCCAACUGGUUGGGGGAUGCUUCUGAUUGCGCAAGCCUGCAAACCUGUUGUUCAAAAAUUUGGGUUUUGGGGUUCGGUUCGGACACUUGCUCGUGGUUACGAGAUUAUCAUGGGUUUGCUUCUGUUCACUCCAGUUGCAUUCCUGGCCUGGUUUCCUUUUGUUUCAGAAUUUCAGACCCGUAUGCUCUUUAACCAAGCAUUCAGCAGGGGUCUACAGAUUUCCCGUAUUCUUGGAGGACCACGGAAGGAUCGCUCAUCGCGCAACAAGGAGUAAUCUUACUGCAAGCAAAUUAUUGUUUGUCCUAAUUUCUCGAUUAUUCUGAUACAGUUCAUCUUUAUUAUAAGCUGUUGUAAGUAUGGAAGUAAUAGGGCUGCAUUAGUGCAAUUUUGUUUAUAUUAUAUUUGACCGAAGCAGUGUGUGUAGCUCUUCCCUAAGUCUCAUCAAAACGCAUUCAAUUAAUUAUGAUAAUUGAAUUCCAAUUUGAAACGA